GUUUCUCCGAGCCCAGGUUUGUUUCGGGUUCUCGGGGCGGCUGCGGACGGGGCGAUGGCGGCGCUGGAGUCGGAGCCGGGCCUGUCGGGGCUGGAGGAGGAGCUGACCUGCUCCAUCUGCCUCUGCCUCUUCAGCAGCCCCGUGACGGUGCCCUGCGGGCACAACUUCUGCGCCUCCUGCCUGGAUCUCAGCUGGGCCGGCCUCUCGGGGGGCUUCAGCUGCCCGCAGUGCCGGGCCACCUUCGCGGGCCGCCCGCAGCUGCAGAAGAACACGGUGCUGUGCCGGGUGGUGGAGCAGCUCCAGGGCCGCUCCGGGGCAAAGGGCGAGGAAGAGGAGGAGAAUGAGGAUGAGGAUGGGGAUGAGGGGGGGUGCUGCGCGGGGGAGCCCCCCGUGUCCUGCGACAGCUGCCAGGAGGCGCCGGCCGUGCAGACCUGCCUGACCUGCACCGCGUCCUUCUGCGCCGAGCACCUGCGGCCGCACCGCGACAGCCCGGCCUUCCGCGACCACCAGCUCUGCCCGCCCCUGCGCGACCUGCAGCUGCGCAAGUGCCCCCAGCACAACAGGCUCUUCGAGUUCUUCUGCAGCAAGCACGGCGUCUGCAUCUGCUCCCUCUGCCUGCUCGGCCACAAGCUGUGCCCCACCAGCCCCUUGGAGCAGGCAAAAGCCUCUGCCCAGUCGCUGCUGAAGAAAAAACUUGCGGAGCUGCAUAACCAGAGUGAAAGAACUGCCCGGGCAAUGAGCACGGUGAAAACAAAACAGAACCAAUCUGCUGAGACAGCUUCAAGAAAGAAGGAAUUGAUCAGAAAUGAGUUUUCAGAAGUUAAAGCUGUAAUUGAAGAAAGAGAAAAUGAGAUCAUGAAAGCAAUUACAGAGGAAGAAAAGAGAGUUUGGAAUAAGUUUGAUUAUAUUUACAGUGUUCUGGGAAAUAAGAAGAAUGAAAUUCAGUCUCUCAAAGAUCAGAUUGAGAUGGCACUGACUGAAAGUGAUGAUGUUCUGUUUUUGAAGAGAGCAUCAGCACUGCAGCGAACAUCAACAAAAGAGGCUUUUGUUCCUGUAGUUGAAAUGGACCAAAAUGUGAUGCAUUCCACUUACCAGUCUGCCAUUACACUCAAAGACAUAGUGAAAAUGUCAGUCGUUCAGAGUCGGGAGAAAGAAGAAGAAGCCAAACCUGUGAAAAAUAAGGCCCCUUUAGCAGCUCAUCCAAAGAAAGCCGCUGUUGGAAAAAAGCCCCACGGACCACACCAGACCCACAAAGAGAAAACCAUUCCUCAGGCUCAAACCACUUCACAGGGAGAGACAGAUACCACCAAAGAGAAAAAGAAAGCUGCUAAAGUUGCACCAACCACCACACCAACCGCCACAGCUGCUGCUGCUGCUAAAGACCUGCUUGACAGCUUCCUGAAGAAACCCAGAGAGGAGCUCUUGCAGUAUGCUGCCAACAUCACGCUGGAUUACAACACGGCUCACAGCACCGUGGUUCUGGCUGAGAACUACACCAGGAUGUCCAUCUCAGACACCUUCCCAGGCCACAGGUACCACCCUCAGCGCUUCACCGAUUACCGCCAGGUGCUGGGCUUCCAGUGCUUCAAGAGAGGCAUCCACUACUGGGAGGUGGAGCUGCAGCAGGGCAGCUUCUGCGGCGUCGGCGUCUGCUACGGCAGCAUGGAGCGCCAGGGCCCCGAGAGCCGCCUGGGCAGGAACAGCAAGUCCUGGUGCAUCGAGUGGCUCAACUCCAAAAUAUCCUCCUGGCACAACGACGUGGAAAAGUGCCUGCCCAACACAAAGGCGACCAAGAUCGGGGUGCUGCUCCACUGCGAGGGGGGCCUUGUGGUUUUCAUGGCGGUGGGGGAGAAGAAUAACCUGAUCUAUAAAUUCAAAACCCAGUUCACUGAAGCCUUGUACCCAGCCUUCUGGCUGUUCUCCAGUGAUGCUGUUCUCUCUCUCUGUCACAUGAAAGAGUAAGGUCUUGUAUCUCAGUUUAGUUCUUUUACAGCACAGAUAAUCUGUCUCAAAGAUUGAUUGAUACAGAAAUUAUCAUCUCUUUUAAGCAGCUUAGGAAAUCUGCCAGUUCUUUGGACUGAAUUGCUAAAGCCUUUAGAUAGUGAUUUAGCAAAAUGUUGGUGAUGAUACAAACUACAGUGGUUUGCAAAGGUCUUGGUUGCCCUGAAAUCAAAGUUAUGGUGCAAAUCCUUGUUAAAUGUCUUCAGUGGCGUCUGUGGCUUCUGUGGUUUCCUGUAAAGGAGCAACAGAAUUAAUGUGUUCAUGGGUAACAAUAACCCCUUUGAGAAAGAAACAGGAAGAAUUCUUUGACAAAUUCAGGCUUUGAGGGAGGUCUCACUGUUGCCUUUUGGCCUGUGCAGAGGCUGUUGUCCAUACAGGUGUUCUCAGUGUAGGACUGUCACUACAGGACACGAGACAACACAACGCAGGCAUACUGCUGCUCUCAAGGCAGGAAAAAGAGAAGUUUAUUUUCUGACUCCCAACAUUUAUAGAUUUCUAAAGGUGACAGUGGAUUGGAGGGUGAAAGUGCCACCUCUCCAAUGACACUGGACAAACCAAAGUCCAUCAAGUUUCUCCUCCUCCAUAGAAGAACGCAAAACAAUCAGUUUACAGAAAGUGUGUGAGAAAGUUUGCUACAAGAAUGCAAACCUCAGAAGGCUUAGAAAAUCUUAAAAAAUCAGGGUGACAUAGGACUCCACCAGAAAGAGCUGCUGAAAUCCCUAAGUUCAGGUCUUAUGGCUGUAAGUUAUAAAAGCCACUGUGACAAAUCUAAUCAGAAUGGAACUGCCGAGACUUCUAGAAUUGAUGGGAAAUAAAUUGUAUUAGAAUCACCAGGAAACAAAUGACAUCAGCCCAGACACUGGGAAUACACCAGAGAGUUGUCAGGAAGACAUCCUGCAGAGCAGUGGUGUGCAUCCUGUGAUGAAGAUUGUGGGAUGAAGCAUUCUGUGUCAUCUUCUGACCCAGGACAUGCUUCACAUCUUCACACUGAAGGCUCUUCAGUGCUGGGUUUUUUUGUGUGUGCUGGGGAGUUCAGGGGGUGCAUUCCUGCUCUCAGGUUCUCCAUUCUAAUAUUUCCCUCUUUAUGAGGUGGGAUAUUCUCUGCUGGUGUAUCUUUAGCUUAAAGAAGGGCCUCCUGUCAUAAAGCUUUUCCUCUUUAUGAGGUGGGAUAGUCUCUCCUGGUGUACCUUUUGUUGUUCAGGUGGUAGAAACUGGGUUUCUUGCAUGUUUUUGGGACUCCAAUUUGAGGAGUCUCAAGACAGAGUGCAAGUACUUGGAAAAUGCUGGUUCCUCUCUGUGAAGCCUGUGGGCAGACAGGAUGAGUCUUUUGACAUACAGAGAAUUAGCACAAAGGAGAAUAUACAUCCAUUCUUCUGGGAUGGAUUUUUAAUUCUCCUGGUGUUCUUUGGGUUGUGGUAUGUCUUCAGAAGUUCUCACCAGGUGCAGAGAAAUCUGUACUUCUUCCUUACAACUUUAAAACCAUCUGUAGGCAAUCAAGGUAUUUGGAUCUCAUAGUUAUUGGGUCCAUAUAAACCUGGACUUACUGUGCCAGCUUUUAUUUCUUGUAGCCCAUGGGAAGCUCACAUGAGAGCCUUCCUGGACUUGGAUUUCUAAAACUGCCCUUACAGGACUUGGUGAAAUAGAACACAAAGCCACUGCUGGCAGUUUUGCAGGGAAUUCUUAAAAGGCUUAAAAGAACCUCUGUGACUACAUUAGCCAAAGUGCUCUGGAGAGAGGCUUUCAGGAAUUCAGGCUUGGUGUCUAUUUUUACUUGGCUUGUAAACUCUUAGUACUUUGUCAAAGAUAGCACAAGUCUCAUUUCUUCCAAUGUUUUGGUCAGAAUAGGAUAUGGAAUCGAUGGUGGAUCUAAAAGUGCCAUGGCUGUCUUUGGAGCAGUUCUACUCCCUGAAGGGUCUCCACUUUCCAAAGCACAGUCAGCACUAAAACUCCCAGCCUGGGCAGAACAUGCAAAAGGUGCAGAAGGAGGCUGUGUCCUGCUGGGAGCCAGCAAUGGGUGACAGACUGGGUUUUCUGCCCUUCCAGUUUUCUGCCCUUCCUUUCAGCAGUGAAAGAUAAGAGCAGUUCCCUCUGAGAAAUCCUUUUGCUCCUUGGCUGUGCACAGGGCUGCAGAUGCACUCAGCAGGGUGCUGAAGGAGUACUCUGUCCCCUUGGCUUUGGGCAAAAAGGUGCUCCAGCAGUCUGUGCAGUGGAGGAAGUCCCCAUCCUCUGUUCCUUGCUUCUUGACUUCAGAGAGGUGUCAGUACUGGCCUCUGAGUCUGUGGGCUUCUGUGGCCAUGGUCUGGAGGGACACCCAAACAAAGUAAAGAGCAGCUUUUAUUCUGCCUCGUUGGACGAAGUGGGAUUCUUGACAUGGGACACUGGGGCAGGACCAAGCAUGUGGAACACAUAAGGUGUCCUGCAUUACCAGGCAGUGAAACAAGCCUUGUACUGGGCUCCUGAACCUCUGUUUUGCUUUCUGUUGUGCUAUGAAUGACUAGAAGUCAUAGAGUAAAGUUCUUUAAUUUGGAAUUCACAGAAUCACAGAAUGUUCUGAGUUGGAAGGGACUCACAAGGAUCACUGAGUCCAGCUCUUGAGUGAAUGAUCCAUAUGGGGAUGGAAAUGGGGACCUUGGCAUUACUAGGACCAAUCUCUGGGCAUCUGAGAAAUGUUUUGGUUAGCUUCAGGUAUCUUGCGUAUUUUGAGACAUUAGUGUGAUAUAACUUUUAUAACUAAUAGUAAAUAUUAGUGUGUUUAGGAGAAAUACUAGUUACUGCACGAUAAAUGAUCAUUUUAAAGCCUUUUCAACACAAAUGGAUUGGUUUUACUUGGGAGGCACCUGUAAGAGCUGCACUGAAUUUAAAGAAGACAUAUAUAGGAGCAUAUAUUUUAAUUGUAAUUCUCUUUUUAGUAUUACAAAGAAAGCAACUUAGUCUAGAAAAAGAACUAAUUCUGGUGUUAACACCAUGAGAAUGUGCAUUGAUUUGCAUUUUAUUAUACAAAUUAGAGUAAAUUAAAAAAAAACAGUUGCUGAAUGAAAAUAAAUGAAUGUUUAAUCUUUUCUUCAAUUAAAGACAUCAGUAAAGCAGUGUAUUUAGAAAAAUAUAUGCUUAUGCAGUUAUAAACCUGUUGAUUACUGAUAUAUCAGCCCUGUUCUUCAUUCUGUAUACGGUGUGUUAUUGUUUGUAGCUGUGCCAGCCACACACAGGCAGGGCCAGCACCAUGGGGUUUGUGCCACCAGGUCCCUGUGCCUGUGCCCACUCCAGGGGUGGCUGGUGACUGGUGAUGGCUUGAAUUCAAUAAAAACUCACAGUAAACCCUAACUCUGAAUGUUUUGUUCUCUGCUCAGGCUCGAAGCAGGGAGGGGGGCAGCGGUGAAGACACAACAAAGGACAGCUCUGGUGGUGCCUCACUCGCUGGGCUGGGGGGAGCUGGGGAAGGGGCAGGCAGAGCUGUGGUGUUCUCUGGGCUGGUCCUGAACUGCCUCCUUCCCCGGGGCUGUGGAUGCCGUGGGACAGAGAGAGAGGCAAACAGCAAGCGUUUCUCACAGCCGCUUGUGAGAAUUUUCAGGGAGUUGGAAGGAUGUGAUAACUUGUUAAGUAUAAACAAUCUGUAGGUGGUGUUUUUCUCCUUAAUCUUUCUGUUCUUCUCAAGGACAGUGUGAGGGAGGUGUUUUUGUUAGUUAGCCAAUCAAACAGAAUCCAUCGUA